CUUCCUAUAAGCAAGCCUUGGACCUCCCAAGGUAGUCAGCCAUGGCGAACUAUCAUCACCCUUUCACAAAUCACAUCAUUGCAGCCUUCUUUGGCUGCUUUCUCUUCUCCCCAUUAUUCCCAACCUUCUCUUUGGCCUUAACCGAUGCCGAAGUUUCCUUCAUAGCUCGGCGGCAGCUCCUGACCAUGCCAACGGAAAAUGGCGACCUUCCCAACGAUUUCGAAUAUGAAUUUGACCUCGUCAUAACCUUCGCCAACGAGAGGCUCCGGAAGGCCUACAUUGGCCUUCAGGCAUUGAAGGACGCCAUCUAUUCGGACCCCUAUAACUUCACUGGCAAUUGGGCUGGAGCCAAUGUUUGCGCCUACAAUGGCGUGUUCUGCGCCCCUGCGCUCGAUGACCCCAAGCUCAGCGUUGUUGCGGGCGUUGACCUCAACCAUGCUGACAUCGCCGGUCACCUCCCCGCGGAGCUAGGCCUCUUGACGGAUGUUGCUCUUUUCCACCUCAACUCCAACAGGUUUUGUGGGAUCAUCCCAGAGAGCUUCAAGAAGCUUGUACUAAUGCAUGAAUUUGACGUUAGUAACAACCGCUUUGUUGGUCCAUUCCCUAAGGUGGUCCUAAAAUGGCCUAGCGUCAAGUACCUAGAUCUUAGGUACAAUGAUUUUGAAGGAGAAAUCCCAUCCGAGCUCUUUGUCAAACAACUUGACGCAAUCUUCUUGAACAACAACAGAUUCAAGUCCAAAAUCCCGGACUCAUUGGGGAACUCCACGGUCUCGGUUGUGACAUUCGCCAACAACAAGUUCAAUGGUUGCAUUCCUCGUACCAUUGGCAACAUGCCAAACUUGAACGAGAUCAUCUUCCUCAAUAAUGAACUCGGCGGUUGUUUCCCCCCGGAGAUCGGGUUGCUCGGGAACAUGAUGGUUUUCGACGCCAGCGACAAUGACUUCGUCGGAACCUUACCGAAGAGCUUCACCGGUCUGAAGAGCUUGGAGGAAAUCGACAUUGCGAAUAACAAGCUGACGGGGUUUGUUUCCAAGAGUCUUUGCACAUUGCCCAAAUUGGCGAACUUCACAUUCUCGUUUAACUACUUCAUCAAGGAGGAUGAGUCUUGUGUGCCGUCCAGUAAAAGCAACGUCGUUUUCGAUGACGAAAGCAACUGUUUGUCCGGCCGGCCAAAGCAGAAGUCCGCCAGGACUUGCUUCCCGGUGGUCACCAAGCCCGUCGAUUGUAGCAAGAACUGCGGCGGCGAAGGUGACAGCAGAGCUUCUCCACCGCAGCCGAAGCCGAAACCUUCUCCUUCUCCUUAUCAUGUUCCUCACAGUCCAUCAAAGCCAACGUCACCAUCAACACCACCACCAUCACCAUCACAAAAGUCUACUCCCCCGGAGCCGAAACUCGAGCCGCCAACCCCGUCGCCGGAUCCUUCUACACCCAAGUCCGAACUACCAACAAAGCCUCCAUCCCCGUCGCCGGUUGAAGCCCCACCUAAGAGUCAUUCACCGCCGAGUGCUACUCCACCGACGACGCCAUCUCAACCAUCUCCGUCGUCGCCGCCGCCUCAUUCUCCUCCCAAGUUCCCACCGGCACCCGUUUCGGCUACUCCGCCGUCACCGGAUCCUACUGACAGACAUCCAGUCAGGGGACCAUCUCGCCCACCGCCACCGGCACAUUCUUACUCGCCUCCACCACAAGCUCCGUCAACGCCCCAGACGCCGUCACACACGCCAUCAGCGAAAUCGCCUCCACCGCCUUCUGAGUCCGACCGGUCACCUGUGCAUGUGCAUAGACCACCAAAAUCGCCCCCACCGCCCGAGCAAACACAUUCCCCGGUACCGUCACCUACACCUAAGAAGUCACCACCACCGACGGAACAACCACCUUCUCCGUCGCCGUCACCGAAAUAUGAGAAAUCGCCACCGCCACCGUCACCAAAAUACGUGAAAUCACCGCCACAUUCUCCAGAGAAUCCAUCGCCUCCGUCACCAAAAUACGUGAAAUCGCCGCCACAGUCUCCAAAGACUGAGAAUCCACCAUCUCCGUCGCCAAAACAUGUGAAAUCACCGCCGCCACAUUCUCCGGAGACUGAGAAUCCAACGCCUCCGUCACCAAAACACGAGAAAUCGCCACCGUCUCCAUCACCAAACCACGUGAAAUCGCCGCCACCGACUCCGAAGACUGAGCAUCCACCAUCUCCGUCACCAAACUACGUCAAAUCACCUCCACCGCCCACGACGGAGCAACCACCGGUUCACUACUACUCCCCACCGCCUCCAGACUCACCGGUCCAAUCACCUCCACCACCGGUUCAUUCUCCCCCUCCGCCGGUUUUCUCUCCACCGCCACCGGUUCACUCACCUCCUCCGCCAUCUCCGGUGUAUUCUCCUCCGCCACCGGUGCACUCACCACCUCCUCCAGUCUACUCACCACCUCCACCGGUAUGCUCCCCGCCGCCUCCGCCAGUGUACUCUCCGCCACCACUGGUUCCCUCUCCUCCGCCGCCAAGUUUCGAUGACAUAGUUCUGCCGCCGACAUUCGGAUCGCAGUACUCAUCGCCGCCUCCACCGGUGUUCCAAGGCUACUGAAGUUGGUAGAAUGUGGAUUUAAGUUUUUAACAUCUUGUUUGUUUGCCUCUCUUUCUCUCAUUGUCUUUUGUAAUUUAAGAUCCUAGCUUCGAAACUCUAGCUCUUGUAUACAGUCCUAUACACAAACGCAUUUUGUAAUCCAAGUUGCUCAUCGAAUAUUCAAC